CACGUUUUAGCUUUCAUUAACGUCAGACGAGAGCCCGAUUUGGUCGAGAUCAUUCAUCAAUAUUGCGAACGAAAGAUGUACGGAUUUCUCCUUUUUUGCCUCGUUGCUACCGCAGCGGCGAAUAAUUUGGGAUACAAUUACCAGCCACUUGGACACGAUGCUCCGAUUGGAGGAGUCCUUCCCGGAGGGGCUAGCACAAACGGAGCAAACAGCUACUCCGGUGGAGUUACCUCUACAACUGACGGUGGAUUUGGCGGAUUCGCUGGCCCUAAUAAUGCCGGAAACUUUGCUGACAGCGGUAGUGGAACGGGAUUAGGUUCUCAAACAGGACACACCGAAUACAACAAAGAAUUCUACACUUACACUGCGCCCGAGCACGAGUUCGAGGAUAAUAUUGGCGCUCAACAAUUCGUUGGAUCGCUAAAAAAGAAAUUGCGUGUGUUAUUCAUUACAAGCAUGGAAGAUCAAGGACUCAGCAGUGGUGCUGAGUUACCUUAA